CCUGUUUCUCUGCUACGGAGAGGAAGGAGAUAGUUGUUGAGUGUGUUGUGAAGCUGAUCUGAGAUACAUUUGUUUCUUUUGCAUUUGUUUUUGUCAUUUUUACCGUCCAGUCAUGGCGGCACCGAAUUCUCUCAACGUGAAGCAGCCGCCGAUUCAAUCCACGGCCGGAGCCGUGCCGGUGCGCAAUGAGAAAGGUGAGAUCUCUAUGGAGAAGGUGAAGGUGAAGCGCUAUGUGUCGGGAAAGCGCCCGGACUAUGCCCCCAUGGAGUCCUCGGACGAGGAGGAGGAGGAUUUCCAGUUCAUGAAGAAGGGCAAGGAGGUGGAGCCGGAGGUGGAGCUGGAGGAGGAGGAUGUGUCGGACCCCCGCCUGAGGCGGCUGCUGAACCGCGUCACUGAGGACGUGGAGGAGAGGUUGGCGCGACACAGGCAGAUCGCAGAGCCGGAGCUGGUGGUGGAGAGUAGCGAGGAGUCGGAUGAGGGGGGCUGGCAUCCAGACCAAGAGGAGAGCAGUGAAGAGGAAGAGGAGGAGGAGGUUGACGAUGAGGAAAUCGAGAGGCGGCGUGCCAUGAUGCGUCAGCGGGCGCAGGAGCGAAAGAACGAGGAAAUGGAGCUGAUGGAGGUGGAAGAGGAGGGGAAGUCGGGAGAGGAGUCGGAGUCCGAGUCGGAGUAUGAAGAGUAUACUGACAGCGAGGACGAAACCGAACCACGCCUCAAGCCCGUCUUCAUUCGCAAGAAGGACCGCGUGACGGUGGCGGAGCGGGAGGCCGAGGAGCAGAAGCAGAAGGAGCUGGAGGCCGAGGCCAAGAAGCAGGCAGAGGAGCGUCGGCGCUACACGCUGAAGAUUGUGGAGGAGGAAGCCAAGAAGGAGUUUGAGGAGAACCGGCGCACCCUGGCCGCACUGGAAGCCCUCGACACAGAUGGGGAGAAUGAGGAGGAGGAGUACGAGGCCUGGAAAGUCCGCGAGCUCAAACGCAUCAAACGGGACCGUGAGGCCCGCGAAGCGAUGGAGAAGGAGAAGUCGGAGAUUGAAAGGUUCCACAAUCUCACCGAAGAGGAGCGCAGGGCAGAGCUUCGCUCCAACGGCAAACUCAUCACCAACAAAGCAUCUAAAGGCAAAUAUAAAUUCCUGCAGAAGUACUACCACAGAGGAGCCUUCUUCAUGGAUGAGGAGCAAGAUGUAUAUAAGAGGGACUUCAGUGCCCCUACCCUGGAGGACCAUUUCAACAAGACCAUCUUGCCCAAAGUCAUGCAGGUCAAGAACUUUGGCCGUUCUGGGCGUACUAAAUACACACACUUGGUGGAUCAGGACACCACUUCCUUUGACUCGGCCUGGGCACAGGAGAGUGCACAAAACAGCAAGUUCUUCAAACAGAAGGCAGGGGGUGUAAGAGAUGUCUUUGAUCGGCCAUCGGUAAAGAAGAGGAAGACUUAAGUCCUGCGGACUGAAAUGGCAAGGCAGGAAUAGGGAGGAGAGACUGAGUAACUGUAACAUUUGUGAGUUCUGCAUUCAGUGGGAAGAUCCUGUCACAGCCCCAGGAUCCUCUGCAGUUGCAAGUGGUGCGCUUGGAAAAGAGGACAAGAUGUAAUAUAGUGUUCCUGUGGACAUUCUAAACGGCCCGGAAAUUUAACUGUUGUGACUGAGGUGUUAGUUUGAAAUGAAAGGACCUUUUAUCGUGUAGAUUUCUUAUAUCAUUUCCAGUAAGUUUAAUUUGUUUUAAUAAAAUUUUCUAAUUGUUAACUGCAUUUAGUUUUGUCUGGAAGCAAAUGCUGUAAAGUCAGGAUAUAGAACUGUAAAAUAUUUCAGUAUGCACUGCUCUAAACAAUGCAAAUUCUCAAACUGUUUUACAGUUACAGUUUCUCUCCACUAUUGGAUGCAUUUCUUUCAUGUAUAUAGUAUAUAUAAUCUAUGCCUUGUUAAACCUUAAAAAUAAUGCAAUUAAAAACGCCUUUUUUCAGUUACA